CUCUCUCCACACCACCCUCCUGCAAAUACUCAUAAAACAUCUUGCUUUUCAAAAGCAUCAAUUAUUUCAGUGAUCUUCUAUUUCAGUGCCGUUCUAAUGCAACUCUUUUUAAUUGACACAGCAGAAGGCAGAACUCGUCACCAUGUCUGACUGGAAUGGCCUUGGAUUUCUUCUCCUGGGAGCUAGGUUGAUCACUGUGUGUGGAGAGGCUCUGGUGGCUCCUGGUGCUACAUUGGCUCCACCCAUUGCAAGUAUGAACCCAAAGGAGACGGGGCCAAGUGGACGACCUCCGACCCCUGGGCCGACGCAGCACACCAGAGUCAACGAGCUUAGGGAGAAGUUCAUGAAUGAGCUCAAGCAUAUACCUCUUCCCAAGUGGGCAGUGGUGGCUCUAGUCUUUGUGCUGCUCCUGCUGCUGCUGAGCUGCUGUUUCUGCUGCUGCCGUAAGACUCUGUUCAAGAAGAAGAAAGAGAAGAAAGGAAAGGAGAAGGGAGGGAAGAACGACCUUGACCUUGACCUUGACCUCACGGACAUGAAGGACGAGAGGACACCGCAGGCCUUGAAACAUGACACUGAUACAGUGGAUGAAGAGGAGGAUUCCAAAGAGGAAGUCAGGCUGGGCAAGCUCCAGUUCUCUUUAGACUACAAUUUCACUGAUGCUGCCUUGAUGGUGGGCAUUCUGCAGGCCACAGACCUCCCGGCCAUGGACAUGAGCGGAACAUCUGACCCCUACGUGAAGCUCUACCUGCUGCCCGACAAGAAGAAGAAAUUUGAGACCAAAGUCCACAGGAAGUCCCUCAACCCCACCUUCAACGAGAACUUCACCUUCAAGGUCCCCUAUGCGGAGCUGGGAGGGAAGACGCUGGUCAUGAUCGUGUAUGACUUUGACCGCUUCUCUAAGCAUGAUGCCAUCGGGGACGUCCGCAUCCCGAUGAACAAAGUGGACUUCAGUCACGUGACCGAGGAGUGGAGAGACCUGCAGAAACCCGAGAAGGAAGAGCAAGAAAAGCUGGGUGAUAUCUGUCUGUCCCUGCGAUACGUCCCUACUGCGGGCAAACUAACUGUGGUAGUUCUGGAGGCCAAGAACCUCAAGAAGAUGGAUGUGGGCGGGCUCUCAGAUCCCUACGUGAAGAUCCACCUGCUGCAAAAUGGGAAAAGGUUGAAGAAGAAAAAGACAACGGUGAAGAAGCACACGCUGAACCCGUACUACAACGAGUCCUUCAGCUUCGAGGUGCCCCUGGAGCAGAUGCAGAAAGUGCAGGUGGCUGUGACUGUGCUGGACUACGAUAAGAUCGGUAAGAACGACGCCAUCGGAAAGGUGUUCCUGGGCCUGAACAGCACGGGCACCGAGCAGCGCCACUGGGCAGACAUGUUGGCCAACCCCAGGAGGCCCAUCGCCCAGUGGCACGCCCUCAAACCAGAGGACGAGGUUAGCGCUGAGCUUGCCAAGAAAUGAGAGGGAGCGUGUGUGUGUGUGUGUGUGUGUGCGUGUGUGUAAAAAUGCUGUACAUACUGUACUACAUGUAAAACUAAUGUUAAUAGUGAAUUGUGUGAAUAAUAUGCAAUUCUCAUUUUAAUUUUCUCCUUAGAUCUACAAUAUAUAAAAAAUGACACCAUUAUAAAUUACAAGCUGACAUUGUUAUUAGUAUUAUUGCUGUACAGUUCC